UGCAGCAAUGCCGCGCCCCAGUCUCCCCGUACGCUAUGCGAACUCAAAGAUCCAACAUCUCCUAAACUCUGGCGCCCCACUGCCACCAGUCAAGUACCAGGUCCUCACAUGCCAGGGGACCGACAUCAUCGUUGGGCGUAUGAAGGUUGAGACACCAACGAGCGCGGGCCACUCCUUCGUUCUUCGCCGCUUCGAUACCGGCGCCAUUUCCCUCACAACUAUGUACCGCGCUGCCUUCCCCGACGGUCCCGAAGAUGUAGAGAAGAGCGAGUAUCAAUGGGUCAAGGAAACCCACGACCUCACCGGCACGAACGGCUCCUCCCGCGACACCUCCAUCCCCCGCCUAGCCGGAACUUGGGUCCCGCCCGAUGUUGCCCUUGAACUCGCCCAAGACUACGCCAUCGCACCGCUCAUCCAGAUCAUGGUGGAUUCGAAGCCCGACCCAGAUGUCCACUACCGCAAGAGCGCCAAGUCUGCAGCCAAUUCGAAGGCGGCCUCGGUCAACCCCCCACCAAACCCUCCAACGCCCGCAGCGGCACCUCUUCGCUUCCUCAAUGGCGCUCCAGCGUCCCCCGCUGUGGCGUCGCCACCGUCCAAGCGGCGGAAGGAGUCGUCGCCUGGGCCAUCGCCUGGACCCUUGCCGGUCGUUACGCCAGGGAAGACUGCGCCGCGUCGGUCUGCCCGCUCGCGCACGAGUCCCAGCCCGGCUCCGACGCCGACACGCUUGACUCGUGCUCGAACGAAGAGCCCGCCCGUGACUGGUGUUCCGCCACCGACCUUCGGUGCCGCCAUGUCUGCCGUCCACGCGAGCGAUGCCCCAUCGCCUGCCAAGCCACCCUCCACUCGCGGCAGGCCACUAUCCAAGAGAGAAGCCGUCGUAAUCAUUCCUGCGAAGUCCCCAGUCAAGCCCUCUUCCCGCAAACAGAAUGCCAUCCUAGUCAAGAAGGAAAGCCGCGUAUCUGUCGCGGGCUCGGACGAAACCGCGGUGGAGGAUACACCGCGCGCGUCCAGGUCCUACGAGAAAGUCGUCUCCACGUACGAGCGGGUGGAAACGGACGCGUCAGACGAGCCGCAUCACGACGAGGAUGAGGGCCACCAGGUCAUGUCCGAAGCCAUGGAGGAAAUGCACCGCGCCGACAUCCAGGAGCAGAAGCAGAUGGUAACCGACAUCAUGGCCGCGGGCGGGCGGAAUAUGAACGUCGACGCGGGCUCCUCGAGCAAGCGCGCUCGUGAGGACGACGAGGAUGAGUUGCCGAAGUCGUUCGAGCCGAAGGAGCCGGAGACCGAAAUGCGGCUCAUCAAGUCGAACUCACGCGUGGGGGCGGUCGCGCCGGAGCGGAAGGCGGCGGCGUGGGGCACUGGCUUAUUUGUGUUUGGUGUCGGCGCUUUGACACUUCUGCCGAAUCUGGCCAGCCAGUGGCUAUAGACGAUAUCAUGAUGUUCGGCGUUUUCGGUAUCUAUGACCCUCGACGAAUUGAUUCUCUUUCCUAUCCGUCGCGAUGCUCCUCCGUCGCUGUCUUCCGUCUGCCUUGCCAGUGGAGACUGUCUUCCGCGAUGGUCCUCCGUUGUUGGCAUCCUUGUUCACCCGUAUAUAUGUCUAUGUCUAGCUUUCGUUUUGUAGUGUAUUCGGCCAGGAGAGUGGUGUAAAUCUAUAUAAUGACCUUAUGACCUGUAGAUGGGCUGUGCAAAGGUCAA